GGGAAAAAAAAUGUUUUUUUGGUCUACGAAGUUACUAUAACAGUUUGAUAACCACUGCGUAUUUACCCCGUUUAGAUUUAGCUAAUUAACAAAUUAGCAUCGAAGCUCGUGUUUAGUAAGUGUUCUUGGUGCUUAAUCAGUUACUGCUAACCUGGACAACUUCCGUUUGCCGGUGAUUGUUUAUCGAAACAUUGAAUGCACCUUGUGCGAUUGUCUCUCUAUAGAAUAUCUACACCACCACAUCUAGUGACAUAGCAGGUCAAUCCUUAGCCAAGAUAAAUCAGCAAUAUGCUCCUGCAAAAGGAUAAUACAUUUUUUCAAAAGAAAUAGAAACUAAUGAAGACUGUUGUCAGGAUGGUGCCAAGUUUGAACAAUGAUCGCCAUCAUCCUCCCUGUCCUCCAGUUGUGGUCUUAAACUUUAUAUCUAAGAAAAACAAACAGAACCAGACUUUUUUAAUGCUAAAUAACAACCAGGCCUGUACAAUUGUCUACUGAAUAUGUUAGGGACUGGAUGGUAAUGUUUUGAAUCAUUCAGUGUGGAAUCAAAUGUAUCAGUGAUAUUCAAACUAUGAUCCAUAGGCCAUAUCCAGCGAGUGACAGGUCUUAACUGGUCACUUGAAAUUCUCGCUAUGCAGAAUGAAGCAGAAAAGACUUAAUUCAUUGAACACCACAAUUUUGUGUGACCUGUGACACACAUAUUGCACACAUGUGGCCCCUAGAGCCAAUAAGAUUCAGCACCAUUGUAAUACAUAAAGUUUGCAAGCCAACAUAAUUUUUUAUUUGGAUCUGAUAACAUUUAUAAGUAUCUAACACUAUUCAACACUUUCUGACAGCUGAAACUGCAAAAUACAUGGUUACAAGGAGUGUUCCUUAAAUGUGUUUUUUCAGAUAUCCCUUAGCGGAAAUGCCAAAAGUAAGCUAUCUCUCCAAUGUUCACUGGACCUGACAGACAAUCAAGGAUUGAAAUCACUGAAUCCAAAUUUAGUUGCAGCCAAAGUGAGCGAAAGUAUGAAAAAUGUUAUGCAUCUUGGCAAUCCAAUCAAAAUCUGACUAAAACUACACCCAAACCCUCUAAUGCUGACAGAAUGUUGGGACACAUGACAACUAUUACGAAAACCCCAAACAAGACCAGACUCAACGAGACUACUGACCCAACCUAUUCAAGUGAUGCCAAUGCCCCAAACAAGACCAGACUCAAGGAGACUACUGACCCAACCUAUUCAAGUGAUGUCAAUGCCCCAAACAAAACCAGACUCAAGGAGACUACUGACCCAACCUAUUCAAGUGAUGCCAAUGCCCCAAACAAAACCAGACUCAAGGAGACUACUGACCCAACCUAUUCAAGUGAUGUCAAUGCCCCAAACAAGACCAGACUCAAGGAGACUACUGACCCAACCUAUUCAAGUGAUGUCAAUGGCUCAAUGGAAGAAAAAGUGACUAUGGUCAUUUCAAUUUUCUCUACUAUUUUUAUUGCUGUUGCAUUGGUUUGUACUGGGAUUGUAAUUUACAUUUGGAAAAGAGUAUUCAAUUUCAGUUCAGGCUCCUCACCAGCUGUUCAAUUUAAUAUUCAAAGCAAUGCUGCUGAAGAAAUAGAGAUUGCAGAAGAAAACCAUGUUUAUGACUCAAUAAUUUAUACAGGAUAUCAGACCUUCCAGCCCACGACUUCAGAGGACCUAACUGAACCGAUUAAUUCAAAUGCUACAAGUAUUUCAGACCUAAGUAUCCAGCCUGAAACUUCGGAGAGCCUAACUGAAAGCAUCCCAACCAGUAUUGCUGACCAAACUCCCAAGACUACAGAGGGCCUAACUAUAACUAUUAAUGGAACCUCCACCCGUAUUGCUGACCAAACUGAAACAGAUCCAGUUUACGUUAAUAUGGCUUGCCAAACUAUCCAGCCCAAAUCUUCAGAGUGCCUUAUUGAAAGCAUCUAUAAAAUACCUACAAACAAUGCUGUCCGAAUUUUCCAGCCCAAGCCUUCAGAGAGUCAAACUGCAACUAUUAGUUUAACCUCUACUUGUGUUGCUGACCAAACUCUUAAUGAUUCCAAAUGCCCAACUGAAACUGAUCCAGUUUAUAUUAAUAUGGCUUGCCAAACUGAGUGAUUUAACAAUAUUUGUAAAGUCUUUCAAGUUUUAUAUAAACAUGCUACUAUUUUUAUAUGCCACAAUAGGAUGGCUGCCUGGUCGUGCGGUUUGCGCGCUGGACUGUCAUUCGGAUUUAUCGACAGUCGAGGGUUCAAACCCUGCCCGCUCCCAUCCCCCGUCGUCCUGUGGGAGGUUUGGACUAGGAAGUAAACUAUCUUCAACUCUGAAGGAACAUCCGAAACAUGUAAAACAUUUUACAAACAAACAAUCUUAAGAAAUACUAAGACUAACACUGCUUUAUUGAUCCUAAUGGAAAUUUGUUGUGAUUACAAGGACUCUUUUUCUCAUAUAAAGACAACACAACAGAAACAUACACAUAAAUACAACAGACACAACAUAGAAAGUUCAUUCAGCGACUACACACAGGCAUCUUGGUCCUAUUCAUGUUUCCUGAUCAACGAGUGGCAUUGAUAUAGUCUGACCGAGUGAGGUACGCACAAGUUUUUGUACCCCUCUGUUCUUGUUUUGAUUGACAGUAGUCGCCCAUUUCACGACGACCUGACAGUUCUGAUGGAGCAGGUGGCUGUUGUCUUCCAAGAUUUUUUCGAUUUUCCUUAGACACUUUUGUUCAAAAAGUUCCUUUAAAUGUGGCAAUGUUGUGAGUGUAAUUUUUGAUGCCCUUUUUAUGAUGGUUUCUAGACGGCUACAUGUUCCACUACAUAUUAUUGUGAGUGUGUGUGUAUAUAAAAAAGAGCUAUUCAAUUCUACGAUUUUAUAGUAUAGAAAGAGUUCUUUACAAAAUGCCCAGUCAUCUCAAAACAUUUAUUCCUUAUGAUGAGGUGGAAAAAAAUAUACAUUGACAAAAAAAAUUUAGUGCAAACAAACAGAAAAAUUGCAUUCUACAUCAAAACAUUAUUUUGACAUCCUAGUCCAAUCUUAUAGGAUGACAUGGGGAUGGGCCAGGUUUGUGCAUAGGACCAUCGUGACAUCUGUUCAGAGUGUGUACAGCAUGACCAAGUACCCAUCCAAUUAAUGCUACUCUAUAGUAAACGUGAUGUCAUUUAUAUGUUGUUGUUUUUUUACACUCACUCCAUCUGUCUGUAUGGUAAAAAGUUUGUACACAUUUUUUCUCGUACACCUAAUCUCUGGUCAAGCUGAAAUUUUGCAAAAUUAUUUCUUUUACAUGAGAACACAAGAAUCAAUAAAAAAAAUUAACCAAUUAGUUAAUUAACUAUUGCUACCGUAAUUAAUUAUUUUGUUAGGUAUCUAUAGCAAAAAAAAAGAAAUCCUACUUGACAGAUGUUGUGGUAUAAGUUGAAUUAGUCCCCCUCAGAACUCCUGAGACAUCAGUGAAAAUUAUUUUUAUGCAUUUCAAUAACAAUCAUGGAAUCAUUCACCUAGAUAGUCCCUCCCCCUUUCACAACAGGUCCAAACAAGUGAUAGGAUCAUAGCGCAUUGAGAAAGCUAAACAAAAACAAUUGGUAAAAAUAUUUCUAAUUGCACAGAUUUACUAUGUCUUGGCCAUUCAUAUAUUUACAUGACUGAUCCAAACUAAUUGAUACAAUCACACUUAAAUAUAAGCUUUGUUUUUUUUUUAAAGUAUAUUUUAUGUUUUUUUUGUUUGUUUUUUUAAUUAAAAUGACUUGCUUUUAU